AUGGCAGAAGUUCCCAAAGACCUCCCCAAGAUGGAGUACCGCCAUCUCGGUAACAGCGGCUUACUCGUCUCAGUAAUUUCACUUGGAGGAUGGCUUACUUAUGGCGGACACGUUGAAGAUGAAAAAACCUUCGCAUGCAUGAAAGCCGCCUACGACGCUGGAAUCAACUUCUUCGAUACCGCCGAGGGAUACGCCGGUGGUCAAUCGGAGAUUGUCAUGGGCAAGGCGAUUAAGAAGUAUGGCUGGAAGCAGAACGAUCUGGUCAUUUCUACCAAGCUCUACUUCGGCCAGGCCAAUGCCAAAGACCCCGAGAACCCGCUCAACAACCGCGGUCUUUCACGCAAACACAUCACCGAAGGCUUGAAUCAGUCGCUGGCGCGUCUUGAUUUGCCCUACGUCGAUAUUGUGUAUGCCCACCGCCCGGACAGAACGACUCCCAUGCACGAAAUCGUGCGCGGAUUCAACCAUUUGAUUGACCAGGGCAAGACAUUUUAUUGGGGGACCAGCGAAUGGAGCGCAUCCGAAAUCUCAGAGGCGUGGCGCAUAGCCGAUAAAUUGGGUCUUGUAGGACCGGUGGUUGAGCAGCCUCAGUAUAACCUGUUGACGCGCGAGAAAGUCGAGAAGGAGUAUAGAUGGUUAUAUGCCGAGCACGGCACGGGAUUGACCGUGUUCUCACCGCUGAAGCAGGGCAUCUUGACGGGUAAAUACAACGACGUCGAGGCACCGCCCCCAGGAUCGCGAGUUAAGGAGGGAGACGGUAAAAUGGAGUACGUCACCCAGAUGGCAAAGACGUGGGGUGAUGAGACCUGGAAGAAGAAUUUGGCCGUUGUCGCGAACCUGAAGCCCAUUGCACAGGAACUAAAUGUUACGCUUGCGCAGUUGGCGCUUGCGUGGGCACUUAAGAAUCCGAAUGUGUCGUCGCUGAUUACGGGGGCGUCGAGACCGGACCAGGUCUUUGAGAAUGUUCGCGCCGUCGAGGUCGUUAAGAAGUUGACUCCUGAGAUUUUGGAGAGGAUUGAAAAGGCGGCUGAGACUGCGCCGGUUGCUGAGCCGUUGCGUUACUAG